AUGGGUUUAUUGAUUCUCUGCCAAUUUUCACUGCUCCUCUGGAAAAAUUUCACCUUAAAGACGAGGCAUUUUUCUGAUUUAAUAUUGGACAUCCUAACAGCGUUGCUAUUUCCAACAACACUUUUGCUAUUCCGUGUAAUUAUUAAUGUGCAUGCUAAUAACCCUCAAAGUUUUAGUCCUCACAACAUCAGUACCCUGCCACAUUUUCUCAAAAAUUCUGAAGAGUGGGAACUGGUUUAUGUACCUUCUGAUAUUGAUGUGCUGGAAGAUAUCAUUGAAAAUGUGAAGAGCAAUCUAAACAUGAGUAAUAAAGUUCGUGGCUUUUCUUCAGAACUUGAGCUUGAUAACUACAUUAAGUAUGACAAUAUGUCCAAAAAAAUUUUGGCUGCGGUUGUGUUUGACUUUGACUUCAAAAACAACAGUGACCCUCUACCACUUCAGGUAAAAUAUUAUCUGCGUUUUUUCAGGACACAGUGGAAUAUUUCCUCAUUAGAGAUGGUAGACUGGGCAACGUCUUUGCUCUUUCCUGUUCGUCCUGUUGCAGGACCCAGGAACCCACAGUUUAGCGAUGGAGGAAAUCCUGGAUACAUCAAAGAAGGGUUCCUGGCUGUACAGCAUGCCGUAGAUAAGGCCAUCAUGCUGUAUCAUGAAAGCAGUGCUGGACAGAUGUUUGAUAAUAUCAGUAUCCUUAUACAGAGGUUUCCAUACCCACACUUUUCUAAUGAUGGAUUAAUUGCGGUCAUGAGCUCUUUUGCCCCUUUGAUGUUCAUACUCAUGUUCUCUCCAACUGUACUUUCUAGCAUGCGAUUCGUGGUGUCAGAAAGAGAAAUGAAAUUAAAGGAGUACCAGAUCAUAUGUGGACUUAGGAACUGGAUGAUUUGGGCUGGCUAUUUCUUCACAUUCUUCCUAAUUUAUAUCGUUACUAUCCUUUUGAUAUGUGUGUUAUUCUGUGUCAAGAUUCUCAAUGAACCAGUAUUCCGCUACAGUGAUUUUAGUUUCAUCUUUGCCUUUCUAACUUGCUAUGCUAUUGCCUCAACACUCUAUGCCUUCAUGAUUAGCUCAUUCUUCACUAAAGCUGAAAUGGUUCCUUCGUUUGGAAGCAUCCUAUAUUUUGCCAGUUUCUUUCCAUAUAAUUUCAUGGCUGAAUAUUAUGGAGUGCUAAGCCUCCCUCAGAAGAUGGUUUCUUGUCUCAGUUCAAAUGUAGCCUUGGCUCUGGGGGUUAAUCUUCUGCUAAGGUCAGAAAUAAAAGAAUAUGGUGUUAACUGGAAUAACCUUUGGACCCAAGUCAGCCUUGAGGAUAACAUCAUCUUUGGCUAUUUAAUAGGAAUGCUUUUACUUGACGCUUUCUUGUAUGGCCUAAUUACAUGGUUUAUAGACACUACCUUUAAAAAGAAUUACGGCAGUCACCAACCAUGGUACUCCUUUUUCAUGUACUCAUAUUGGUUUAAAAAAAGAAAUGUUAGAAUGAGCACACAAGAAAAGCACUAUUCUAUGGAAACUGAAAGAAAGUAUUUUGAAGAUGAACCUACUCAUCUGAGGCUAGGUAUCCAGAUGAAACAUUUGCACAAGCAAUUUGAUCACAGAAUAGCAAUAAACAACAUGAGUUUGAAUUUAUAUAUGGGACAGAUCUCUAUUCUUCUAGGGAAAAGUGAAGAAAAAUCCACUCUUCUCUCUAUCCUUACAGGACUUUAUCCUCCCACUCGAGGAAAUGUCUUUAUUAAUGGAUAUGACAUCUCAACGAACAUAACUGAUAUUCAGAAACACUUGGGCUUCUGCCCACAACAUGACUUGUUGUUUGAUGAUUUGACAGUAUCAGAGCACCUUUUUUUCUACAAUGAGAUUAAAGGAAAACAGAAGAGUGAGUCUGUGGAAAUUGACCAUAUGCUGUCUACUUUUGCCCUGCAAGAAAAGCGUGAUGAAUUUUCAGUGUCACUGAGCACAGGAAUGAAACGCAAACUCUCUGUCAUGAUAGCACUGAUACAGGGCUCCAAGGUGGUGAUACUUGAUGAGCCAACUAGUGCCAUGGACCCAGUCUCAAGGAGGUCCACCUGGGGUCUCCUUCAGCAUUACAAACAGAAUCGGACUAUAUUAAUGAGUACCCAAUACAUGGAUGAAGCAGACAUCCUGGGUGACCGCAUUGCCAUCAUGGUCAAAGGGACUCUGCAGUGCUGUGGCUCUUCAAACUUCCUGAAAAACAUAUAUGGUGCUGGCUAUCACAUAAUCCUGGUGAAGGAACCAGACUGUGACGUUGAAAUGGUCUCAGCAAUGAUUCGGUCUCAUGUUCCUAAUGCAACGUUAGAAAACUGUACCGGAUCUGAAUUAUCAUUUAUCCUACCCAAAGGAGAUAUGCACGGAUUUGAAGCUCUAUUUACUGAUCUCGAAAAGAAAAAAAGUGAGCUGGGCAUUGCCAGUUUUGGUGCUUCAAUCACUACAAUACAACAAGUAUUCCUUAAAGUAAAUAUGAUGGUAGAUUCCUCUAUGAAUAUUCAGAAUUCCUCACCCUCUCACUUGGAAGAACAAGAGAUAAAACAAGAAAUGAAGACAGAAAUGGAUAUACACAGUACUUAUGAGAGACAAAUAUCUUCUAGAUUGAAUGAAAUUGCUACCAUUAAAUUUAAUACCGGGUUUUCACUUUACCGCCAGCAGUUCUGUUCCAUGUUUAUAAAGAGAGCACUAUUCAGUUGGCGGAGCUGGAAGAUGGUGUUGCUACAGAUAAUAGUAAAUUUGACUGUCACUACCUAUCUCAUAUUGACUGUAGGCAUAAACUAUGACAUGCCUAGCAGAGAACUGGAUUUGAGUCAAUACGGUCAAACUACUGUGCCAUACUCAGUUUCAGGGAAUUCUGAUUUAACUCUGAAUCUCAUAAAGAACCUUCAGAUUUUUCUAAAGUCCAAGAAUCAAAAAAUUUUGGAAGUUAAAGGUAAUAUAACUAAGUAUAUAGUGGAAACUAAAGCAUGUCAUGCUUUCUCCAUUAUCGCAUUUUCCAUUAAGGCUGAGCAAAACAGAACAGUAUUAACUAUUUUAUUCAAUAAUGAGGCAUACCAUUCAGCUGCAAUAUCCGUGGCAGUGUUAGACAACAUUCUUUUUAUGUCACUUUCUGGUCCCAGUGCUUCCAUUCAAGUUUUUAAUAAGCCUCAGCCUCUUGAUUAUACUACUCACAAAAUGUCUGUAGAUGGAAUACGAGUGGUGUUGUGUUUGGCUUUCGGCAUGGCUAUUGUGAUCAGUGGCUUUUGCCUACAGACAGUGACUGAGAGAACAUCUAAGGCAAAGCAUAUCCAGUUUAUCAGUGGGGUCCAUGUGUUUAUUUACUGGUUCUCUGCUUUGCUGUGGGAUCUCAUCUACUACUCCAUUCAUUGCUGCUUGCUACUGGGAGUGUUCAAAUGCUGCGGAGUGGAAGCAUUUGUUGAAAAUUUCCGAUUUUUGCAAACAAUGAUUAUCUUUCUGCUGUAUGGCUGGUCCGUUGUUCCUCUCAUGUAUGUUGGAAGCUUUCUCUUUUCUAGUAGUACUACUGCCUACGUCAAGCUCACCCUCUUUAACUACUUUUCCCACGUUUAUACUGUAAUGGUUUACUCCAUUGCACAUCGCUCUGGUAAGAACUUCAAACAAGUUUCCUUUCCUCCAAGCAAUAGUGCAUUAAUGCUACUUCCAAGUUACAACUUUGUUAUGAGUCUCAGCAAAGUGUUUGAUGAUUAUGAAAUUAAAAAAAUGUGUUCUAGGAAAUAUCCAAAUGUCCAUCUAAACUGCACUAAAGAAAGGGUAGAGAACAAUAUCUACAGUUUUGAAGAAAAUGGAAUUGCAUAUUUUUUGACUGCAUUGGCUUUUGCGGGAUGUUUUUACAUCACUUUGCUUUUAUGUCUGGAGACUACAGUAUGGAAUCUGAAGAACUUUGUAUUUCAUAGAAUAAUACAUAAGAUCUAUAUCAGAUUUUUUGAAGACAACAGUGUGAGUACAUAACUUCAAAUGCAGCUCACUAUUUGCAAAGAUAAAGAUGUAAAAGAAAAAGAAAGUAAUGAAACACAGUCUCCUCAACUGAACACUGCCCCACUGGUUCUUAAAGAUGUUACAAAGAUUUAUUAUAAGUGUCCAGUUGUGAAAGCUGUGAAAAACAUUUCCCUUGUAGUGCAAAAGUCAGAGUGUUUUGGAUUACUUGGAAUAGACGGAGCUGGAAAAAGCACUAUAUUCAAAAUGAUUACAGGAGAGGAAAUCACAACCUCUGGAGUGGUACUAAUUGAUGGCAUUAAUAUCACUAAAAAUACCACAAAGGUUGCAUCAAGAAUUGGCUAUUGUCCUGAAAUUAACCCUACGAUCAAACAUAUGACAGGCCGAGAAUUACUUACUAUGCAUGCCAGUCUGAGAGGGGUUCCUGAACCUGAAAUUCAUAAAUAUGUGGAAGCCUUUAUAUUUUCAGUGUACCUAGAAACCCAGGCCGAUAACUUUGUCUCCACAUACAGCAAUGGAAGCAAACGUAGGUUGAAUGCUGCCAUUGCCUUAAUGGGAAAGUCGUCCGUUGUUUUCCUGGAUGAGCCAUCAAGUGGCAAGGACCCAAUAACCAUGCACUUUCUCCAGGACGCAGUCACUUGGAUGUGUGAAAAUGGCAAAGCUAUCAUUAUAUCUUCCCACAGCAUGGAAGAAUGUGAGGCUUUCUGCACCAAAAUGGCCAUUAUGGUGAAUGGAAGGUUCAAGUAUGUAGGCAGCCCUCAACAUCUCAAGAAAAAGUUUUGCAACUUAUAUAUUCUGACAGCAAAGAUUAAGACUGUUCAUAAAGAAAAUAAACUAGUGCAGUUCAAAGAAUUUAUUACGACAACUUUCCCAGGUAGUGUCAUAAACCAAGAGCAUGAAGGGUUUGUUGGCUUCUACAUUUCCAGCAAGAAAAUUCAGUGGGGAAAGGUAUUUGGUAUUUUGGAGGAAGCUAAAGUGUUAUUCAAUCUAGAAGAUUAUUCCGUCAGUCAGAUAACAAUGGAACAAAUCUUCCUGACUUUUGCUAAUAUUGAUCAAAUGGAAAGCACCUUCUUCGUCUUCCUCGAGAAACGGGGACAAUUCUUCGUCUGGAUCAUGACAUGA